AUGGAUCCCAAUUCCACCAAUCCCAUCAAUCUAGCAUCUAUACUCGAUGGUCUGAACUUCGCUCAAAGUAAUGCGGUCGCUUCGCCUGCCUCUAUCCUUCAGGUCCUUGCGCCUCCGGGCUCGGGCAAAACAAAGACUUUGACGGCGCGCGUCGCGUAUCUGCUCGCGUACCAUGGUUACCGACCGCAGGAUGUCAUUUGCUGCACGUUCACAAUCAAGGCUAGCCGAGAGAUGAGGGAGCGGCUUGGGAAGUUAAUCGGCGAGCAAGUACAGUCGAGACUUAUUCUGGGGACGUUCCAUUCGAUCUGUCGAAGAUAUUUGGUCCGGUAUGGGCACUUGAUUGGCCUGAGGAAGGGGUUUGGGAUCGCGGAUUCAAGUGACAGUUUGGCGGUCAUUAGGAGAAUUGUUAAGCGGUUGCAGUUAAACAUUCAACCCAAUACGGCCCGGUCGCGAAUUUCUCACCAGAAAGUCCACGGCAUCAGUCCCGACGAGGCUGCGGCCAAGUACGGUCCCAAUAAUAAGGCCCUAGAGCACCGGGAGUUUGUCCAGGUGUAUCAAGAGUACGAGGAUUAUAUGGCGGCGUCGAACCUCCUCGACUAUGACGACCUACUUCUUCGAUGCGCGGAGCUUCUCCGCAAGAACCCGGACUGCGUGUCCAAUGUCCAGGCUGUUCUCGUCGACGAGUUUCAGGACACGAAUCACAUCCAGUAUGAGUUGAUGAAUCUGUUCGCGAGCCGAAAUCGCCGCAUCACCGUCGUUGGCGAUCCCGAUCAGAGUAUAUAUGGCUUUCGGUCCGCGGAGGUCAAGAACCUGGGCCGCAUGCAGAGGCUGUACCGCGACACGUCGGUCGUGCUGCUUGAGGAUAAUUAUCGCUCGUCCGGGUCGAUUCUGAACUCGGCGCAAGAUGUCAUCGAGCAGGACUCGUCGAGACCUGCGAAGAAGUUGGAGCCGACGCACGGCGUAGGGACCAUGCCGGUUCUGCGCAAGUUGCCUUCCGCGGAGGCAGAGGCGCAGUGGAUCGUGAUGGAGAUUCGCCGGGGCAUGGCCAUGUCGGGGAAGCUGUUGAACUACUCCGAUUAUGCCAUCCUGCUUCGCUCGGCGGCGCUUUCGAGGCAGAUCGAAUCGGAGAUGGGGAAGCAGGGCAUACCGUACAAAAUGGUUGGCGGGUUGAGGUUCUUUGACCGAGUUGAGAUUAAGCUACUUCUGGAUUAUUUGAGGGUUAUAAGUCAACCUGGGAACGCGGAUGCGUUGCUACGGAUUAUCAAUGUACCCUCGCGGAAAAUCGGAGAGGAGACGAUUCGGUCGUUGCUGAGUGGCGCGGAGAAAGCACAAAAGACUCUCUGGGAAUUCAUCAAGGAUGUGGCACAAGGUCGCAGGUCGACUGAGAAACCCCUGUCCAAGCCUACGAAUAACGGUCUCUGCACAUUGGUAGGCCUCAUCGAGUCGUCACGGCAGAAACUCCAAGACUGUGAAGAUGGCUCAGCCCCGAGAAAACUUCUUGAUUACGUGAUUAAGAAGCUGUCAUUUCGAGACUAUCUUACGACGACCUACGGUACGAACGAGGAAAAUCGAUGGGCUAAUGUGGAGGAGCUUCUAAACCAGGCGGACGAUACGGCUGGACCCGAGCAGGAGGAACAACCGGACGACAGCCUCCCCGAAAUUCAAGGUCUUGAACAGCAGCAAGCUCAUGCGGGUGAAGAGGCGCUGUCCCGGUUUCUGGCGAAUGUGGCUUUGUCUACAGAGGUGAAGCCACAGGAGGGCGCGGAAGACGGAGAGCAAUCUGAGGAGAAAGUGACGAUUUCCACCAUUCAUGCAGCUAAGGGACUUGAAUGGCCCGUGGUGUUUGUGCCGGCCGUAGUUGACGGCGUCAUUCCUCACUCGCGCGCAGAGGACUGGGACGAAGAGAGACGGUUGCUUUACGUAGCCAUGACACGCGCACAGGCACUGCUAUAUCUGAGUUGUCCCCGUCAGCAGGCCCGACAGAGCGAAGAGACGAGCGUGUCGACAUUUCUUCCCGAUACGAUCAUUAAUUCGCGCUUUCGACUCGUUGGGCCGAACCUGCAAGAGCAAACCAUCUAUGGAAUUGCAGACAUCCUGCGGCGACCGAGACCGUCCAACGAAGCGAUGAUCGAAGGUCAAGUCUCGCUGCCUUCCGUGCACGACGAUCGCUGGACCGCUGCGGGCGAGGAGGCUGGCGACGCCGUGUUCCGAUGGGAUGGCUCGCGAGCGGUCGAGGAUGUUGAAGAGCCCUGCGCGAAGAGACGACGGUAUGAUUCGGAACAAUGGUCGACCACCCUCGCUGUCACACCCAUGUCAACUUCGGCAUACACCAUGGGGGAUUCAAAUUACAGUGCGCCGCAAAUGACCAUGUCGCUCGGCUUCUCGACCGCUCGCCAGUAUAUCGCAUCCAACUCAGCGGUGGGUGACCAGGACUCACAGCCACCUUCCAAGUUGGACAGCAGCAAGCCCAAGCCCCGGGGCGCGGGCGCCGGGGGUCUAGGUCGACAAUCCGACGGUUUGACUCAAAAGAGCAUCUCCCGUUUCUUCGGCCAGCCUUCUUCCUCAGCCCACGAAUCAACACUGGCCGACCGCCAAAUGCUGAGCCAGGAUCAGGGGCAGAGGCGAAAUAACAAUCGAAGAGGCGUGCCGGGGGCAGCGGUCCAGACUCCGUCGUCCAAUCCGGGGUUCAAAAGCGUCAUCCCCAGGGAAUAUUCGACUUAUCGACCGCAACCGCAGCGACUACAACCCACUCGACCCGUUCUCGAACCUUCGGACCCGAAUUGUUACACGUGGCUGGCAGCAUCGUCGGCGUCGUCGUCUCAGGCCGCUUCAGAGAAACCGAUCUUGCGCGGCGGUCAAGAAAAGGGCAGCAAAGAAAUGUCCGACCAGAGCAAGGCAAAAGGAGGAGGGUGGGGAGCAAGCGAGGUUAAAAGGCCUGAGCAAGACUCGGUCCCCGGCGUUCGACCAGUGACCACGUAUCACACGACCACGAUGUCCAUGGUCCAUGGGGGGUCGGGCCUGCCACCACCACGACGAACACUAGGGAUUCGUCGAAGCAUGAAUGGGUGGGAGGAACGGAUGAAGCGGACGAGCAACGAACAGACUCGAUGA